AGCCCUCAUCAUUGCUCUGCAACCCAGAACAACAACUGCUGAGACUACGCUGAGUAGAGGAUGGUCCUGAACAGAGCUCUGAUUCUGGGAACCCUUGCCCUGACCACCAUGAUGAGGACCAGUGAAGGUGAAGACAUUGUAGCUGACCAUGUUGGUUCCUAUGGCAUAACCAUAUAUCAGUCUUAUGGUCCCUCUGGCCAGUACACCCAUGAAUUUGAUGGAGAUGAGCAGUUCUAUGUGGACCUGGAGAAGAAGGAGACUGUCUGGAAGCUGCCCCUAUUUAGCAGAAUUUUAAGUUUUGACACACAGUUUGCGCUGAGAAACAUAGCCAUCAUGAAAACUCACGUGGACUUCCUGACUGAAUUCUCCAACUCUACUGCUGCUACCAAUAAGGUUCCUGAGGUGACUGUGUUUUCCAAGUCUCCUGUGAUGCUGGGCCAGCCCAACACCCUCAUCUGUCAUGUGGACAACAUCUUUCCCCCUGUGAUCAACAUCACAUGGUUGAGGAAUGGGCACUCAGUCACAGAGGGUGUUUCUGAGACCAGUUUUCUCAUCAAGAGUGAUUAUUCUUUCCUCAAGAUCAAGUAUCUCACCUUCCUCCCUUCCGAUGAUGAUGUUUAUGACUGCAAAGUGGAACACUGGGGCCUGGAUAAGCCACUGCUCAAACACUGGGAGCCUGAGAUUCCAGCCCCUAUGUCAGAGCUGACAGAGACUGUGGUCUGUGCCCUGGGGUUGACCAUGGGCCUCAUGGGCAUCGUGGUGGGCACCAUCUUCAUCAUCCAAGGCCUGCACUCAGGUGACCCUUCCAGACACCAGGGGCCCUUGUGAGUCACACUCCAGAAGAGCAGAUGCACUGCCCAUCUAUGUGGAUAUGCCAGAAGAGUGGAUAUGCCAGAUGACCUUGAACUAUUUUUGGGCCAAAUUCAUCAUAUACUUUCUCUCCUCCUACACUCCUCCUCACACUUUUUUCCUCUGGGAGUUAAGAUGCUAUAUCAUCUCACAUACCCUCAGAAUUCUCUCCCUGAUCUUCUAGUACUUUUUCUUUUUUCAAUUAUUACCUUCUAUGGGAUCCAUGAGUUAUCCCAUUCAGCAACCUAAUUCUCCAAUGGCCUUUAGCUAAUGUAUCUAUGGAAGCAAUAAAUCCCUUUAUGGGGUCUUUACCGAUUUUUUUUUUUCUGUCUCUCAACUCAAGGCUGACUAGGACCAUGGCCUCUUAUACUUUAAGCCUGUUUAAUCUCAUUUCCCAGAUUAUGUUGCAAACCCAGUAACAGAGGAGUGACCUGUAUAAACUGAUAAUAUUUUGCUAUCUUGUUGUUGUUGUUUAGUCACUAAGUCAUGCCCAACUCU